GCAGGCAGCUUGGCCCCCUCAGCAGAGGGUGAGGGGCUGGGGUGGUGGUGGGGUCGGUGUGUUGCUGCCCCUGAGGCAGCCUCAGCGCGCAGUGAGAGACUAAAGCCGAUAAAAAUGAGGUUUUCUUCCUUUCCCAGGCUGAAGGGGUUGGGGGUCCUGCAGCCUGGGGAGAUUGGGGAGUGGGUGCUGGCUGUGGGCCCCGCUUCCUCAGGGAGGCACUGUCUGUGGGGAGACCUGCCCUACCUCUGGCCCCUGUGGGCUCACACAGCCGAAUCCAGCCUGGUUUUUGGUAUAACUAACUGAUCUGGGUGCUACAUUUCAGCAGCAAUGUGUGGUGCUGCAGGGCUGGACACAAUCUGCAGCAGGCCUUGGUCUGGAGGUACUGGAAGGAGGUGAGGAGGCAGAGGUGUGAGAGCUGAGGGGCCAUUUUACACUUGGAAUUGCAGGGGAUGAAGGUGACUGACAGUGCAGUCUCUUUUUGUGGCUGCAUGGCACUGAGGUCUGUUGUUUGCAUGGGAAGUAGUGUUGUGCUCUUCCACCUGCUAUUAAGUUAUGUAAAUGAGACAAAUCUUGAAGGUUUUCCAUGUAAAUCUGGAAUAAUUGUAACAUGUAUGAAGUGAGAGCUGGCCUGUUGUCCUUGCUUAUCCACACUCUGGUAGAAAUUCAGUUUCUGUAAAUAUGUAUUUAAAAAGGAAGGUUCAAAAAACCCCCAACCUUACAAACCGAAUAAUAGCAAAAAAAGUCUUGACUUUGCUAUUGCCUUUGAGGUGAUGUGAUCCUGGCAGCUCAUGGAGCUUGUGGUCUCUUCCUGUGACUUCAAGCUGAGGCCAUCCCUUUUUUUAUUUAAAUGAGUUCAUUUAUCUUUUUCUACUGGCAAGUAUUUUGGCUGCUGCCCACUUUUCAGGCUUGUUCUGUAGGCAUUAUUGUCCCAUCAUCUCUUGCCACAGGAAGAAGGCAGGUAGGGAAUCUAUUCGCUUAAUAGGACAACACUGUGCAGCUUCCUUUUUUAAGGUGGCUGGGUAGGGUGAGAAUAGGCUAUUCUUUGUAUGGCUGGAGACACUGUUGAAAUAGUUUGAUCAAAUACUAUCAAAGGAGUUAUUUGUACAUUCAUUAUCAGUUCUUACAGAUAUCCAAGUCAAGAUUCAUGGGCUUCUCUUAUUUUAGUGCCUUAUUGCUUGAAUUACAGUGGGGAGAAGUUGGGAGGAGCCUUGCUGGCACAGGCAGGAAAUGGUUAAGAGGCUUUCAUAUCACCUGGGAAAGCAAUUCUUUGAUUUUUCAGAGGGCGCUAACAUGCUGCAGUUCAUAGGAAACAAAGGAAAGGGAAUCAAGUAUAAAAGUUGUUCUUGGAUUUUAUUUUAGUGGCAGAACUUGUGAAGGCUGGAUAUUGAGGUCUGCUGAAAAAUACGGAAUUUUGGAUUAAAAAGAAUUUUUUUUCUUAUCUUCAUUCAGAAAAUGAUCUGUGAGAAUAUUUUCUAGCCCUUGGAUCUCUCCUUUGGAUUCUCUCCAGUUACCCCAUUAUCUUUCCUGAAGUGUGUUGCCCCAAACUGAACAAGACUUCAGCAGAAGCAGAGCCAACUGGAGCGAGAGGACUCCUCAACUGGUCUCGGUGGUGUCAGAAAGAUUAAUUUCCUCUUGAGCUUUUCUUCCCCACUCUGAGUUGUCUCAAGUACUUGUUCUCAACUCUGCUGUUGAUGUCCAUAUGAUUUGGUGUGGCUAUCAUAAACUAAAAAAUAUGUCCAUCCGAGGCCUGAAGAAGAAACAACCAAAGACUUUUAAAGUAAAAAUUAUAACAGUGGAUGCUGAAAUGGAGUUCAGCUGUGAGAUGAAGUGGAAGGGAAAGGACUUAUUUGACUUGGUGUGCCGAGCACUUGGUUUAAGGGAGACUUGGUUCUUUGGCUUGCAGUACACAAUAAAAGGAAUGUGCACCUGGUUAAAGAUGGACAAAAAGGUUUUAGAUCAAGAAAUCCCCAAAGAAGAUCCCAUUAGCUUUCAUUUUUUGGCUAAAUUCUACCCAGAGAAGGUAGAAGAGGAACUAUUACAGGAAAUUACCCAGCAUUUAUUCUUCCUUCAGGUUAAGAAACAAAUACUGGAUGAGGAGAUCUAUUGUUCUCCAGAAGCAACAGUUUUACUGGCUUCUUAUGCUGUUCAGGCCAAGUAUGGUGACUAUGACCCAAACUUUCAUGAGCCAGGCUUUCUAGCCCAUGAUGAACUUUUACCCAAAAGGGUCCUCAGGCAGUAUCAGCUGACAGCAGAGAUGUGGGAAGAAAAGAUUACUGCUUGGUAUGCUGAGCACAGGGGUAUUGCCAGGGAUGAAGCUGAGAUGAACUACCUGAAAAUUGCUCAAGACUUGGAAAUGUAUGGUGUCAAUUAUUUUCCAAUUGCUCAAAAUAAAAACCAUACAGAUCUCCUACUUGGAGUUGAUGCCAAAGGUAUUCAUAUCUACAGCAUUAAUAACAGGUUCUCUCCAAAUAAGUCGUUUGAGUGGAGUGCUAUCAGAAACAUUUCCUAUAGUGAGAAAGAGUUAACUAUUAAACCUCUUGACAAAAAAGCAGAAGUCUUCAAGUUCUUUUCCUCUCAACUCAAAGUGAACAAAUUGAUUUUGCAGUUGUGCAUUGGAAACCACGACCUAUUUAUGAGGAGAAGAAAAGUGGACUCAAUAGAGAUCCAGCAAAUGAAAGCACAAGCCAGGGAGGAAAAAGCUAGAAAAAAGAUGGAGAAUCAAAGGCUGGCCAGGGAGAAGCAGCUCCGAGAAGAAGCUGAGCGAGCCAAAGAAGAGCUGGAAAGGCGUCUUUUCCAGCUGGAAGAUGAAGCCAGGCAGGCCAAUGAGGCCCUGCUCCGAUCCCAGGAAGCAGCAGAGUUGCUGGCUGAGAAAGCUCAGAUUGCAGAGGAAGAGGCAAAAUUGCUGGCCCAGAAUGCUGCAGAAGCUGAGCAAGAGCGACAGAGGCUGGAGAUCACGGCUCUGAAAACCAAGGAGGAGAAACGCCUGAUGGAGCAAAAGAUGCGGGAGGCAGAGCUGAUAGCAGUGAAGCUGGUGAAGGAAUCUGACCGGAGAGCCAAGGAAGCAGAGCAUCUGAAACAAGAUCUGCAUGAAGCCAGAGAGGCUGAACGGAAAGCAAAACAGAAACUCAUAGACAUAACCAGGCUUAAUUAUCCUCACAUGGUCAAGUACCCGCAAUGCUCGCCAACUGACACCAGAGAUGCCAACUUUGACAAAGGAUCCAUGAAGCUGGAUUUGAAGGACAUUGACCUCAAGAGACUGUCCUUUGAGAUAGAGAGAGAGAGGCUAGACUACUUGGAAAAGAGCAGAAAAUUCGAAGAUCGACUGAAAGAACUGAAGUCUGAAAUUCAUGCUUUGAAACUAGAAGAGAAACAGUCUGGGCUUAACUGUCAUUGGAAUGAAGUACUGGGAUCCUUGGAUCGCUCCUUAGGAAAUACCCCAUCAUGGAUGAAAACCUUCGAAACUGGAGAUUCAUUGGAUAUAAAUCUUCAAAGACCUUUCCCUGCUUACUUGUUAAAUACUACAAGCAGCUGGCCUUGUACCAACAAAAUUCAACACACAGUGCCAGUGGAAAAGUCAUCUUUUCAAGCAGAUUCCUUGGUUGCCAACAGUGUGGGCACAGGACCCAGAAAACAGAUUAUAAAGGUUCAGCAGCAUGACUCGGAUGUGAUCUACAUUUGAAGCCUCUCGUUUCCUUACCAGACUGGUAGAACCUGGUGGCCAUCUUUUUGGCUGCUGCAAAAUGCAUCUAUACAGGGACACUUGCACAGCUCAGUCUGCUGACAGGCAUCAGCAUUAAGAGACAUGGUGCUAUAGUUAGAGUGGUGCCAUUCAGCUUCUAAGCAGAUAGCGUAAGCUGGGAGCGCUAAAAUUGCCAGUGUAAAAUGGCUAGUGUCUUUGGGUACAAUGUUAAACGUACAAACCCAGAGGAGUGUUGUUUACUACUUAUGCACUUUUGAAGAAACACUUUAUACUUCGCUAAACCUUCCUCCCCCAGGUGUUUUUACACACUGACUUAUCAGUAUGGUAUUGUACUUCUGUAGAAAGGAUGCUAGGCAGCAAGUGUCCAGGAGAUGUUUGGGAUGAGAAAAAAAUUGUACGUGAGCUUGGUGUUUACCUACACAAUAGACUAAUUAUGUUUUUGGUUUGGUCCAUGGGAGAUGACUCCCCCAGAGCUGCUCAACGUUUUAGUGUUUGCCUGCCAAAUAUUUUCCUUUUCCUCCCCAAACAUUGCUUGGUUCGCCUAAUUGAUUUGCAUUUCUCUGUGAGAAAUCUCAGCUUUUAAUUCCAGAUGUAGAAGUGGACAUCUUCAAAUACCUCUCAUUCCUGGGGGAAUCCUUUGUUUGGAAUGCAAAGCUUCUGUUCUCUUUACAGUUUCUCACUAGAUCAAGCACUUUCUGUUGCUUUUGCCGCUCCAGCAAACUUUGCAUACAUUAACUUGUUUCCCAGUUCUGUGUAACACAGCUUCCAAAUUAGACGAAGACAAAAGAUGCUAUUGGUGUCUGCUAAAGUUGGACUUGUUUCUGAUGGAGAAGUGUAUGCAGCAAAAUGUCUGCCUCAUUAGUAAAACCUACUUGCAUUUUC